AUGCAACUGCUCCAACUUUGCAAACGCCUUUCUUCCAGCUACUCUCGUCUCCCCAUCCGCAUCACAAAUCGCGUUUUGAACGAGUUGAGACAACUGCUUCAUAAUGAGUUAGGCUUCAAGAGUUAUUUAAAAAAUCUACAUUGCAAAAAAAAACUCACAAUCUUUGGCACGGCCACAAAAGACUUCCUAAAAUCAUCUAGUGUGAUUGCACAUUGUGCCGCCGGAGCACAACUGGAACUCCUAUAUCUUGAUAGUGACAUUCCAGCGGGUGCUCUCAAUGAACUUCUCGCCAAGUCUCUUGAUCUACCACCAGAACCUCCAGAUGAGGGUGACGGAAGAGAUAGUGGAGAGGGAGUUGACAUCAAGGGGGCAGGUGAAAGUGAUGGAGCAGUCCUCGGUGGAGUGGAUAGUCGAGCAGAGGAAGUGAAUGAGGUUGUUGAGGCAGAAGGGUGA